AUUAAAAAAUAAAAGUGGAAAAUCAAAGUAUGUCUGUCGUCUCCUUAUCUAACCGGAAGGUGUGAACUGUGGAUAACGCGCACUGACUGUUAAAAUGUCUGGCAUUCUGAAGCUCUAUCUUUGUACUUACAAUUCUCUUCAGUUCCUUGGCUGGACAAUUUCUCUGUUCCGAAUUUUGGGUAGCCUUGUUUCGACCAAUUCACUCAGUGGAGCUUAUGCUUCUUCCGGGGAUCUAAUUUGUAUGUUACAAACUUGUGCAUUCUUGGAAGUGGUACAUGGAGCAAUAGGUAUUGUGCCAAGUGGAGUCUUGUUUCCUUUUAUGCAAUGGGCUGGACGGACCCAUUUCUUGCUAGUGGUAGUCCGGAAAAUUGAUGAGGUCCAGGAGUUGCCAUCAGUUUUCAUUACAUUUUUUGCUUGGAGUUUAAGUGAGGUAAUCAGGUAUUCACAUUAUGCCUUGAGCAUCCUUAGUAGUUGCCCAUCUUGGCUUUCCUACCUCAGGUACACUGCAUUUAUUGUGUUGUACCCCAUUGGAAUUGCUCCCGGUGAAAUAUGGCUUAUGUAUCAAGCACUUCCAUUUGUGAAGAAGAAAAACCUUUUCGUGGAUUUCUUUGGCAAUCUUCCCUUCAGCUAUUACGAUUUUAUAAGGGUUCUGCUUCUCAUCUACCCAUUCCUUUGGUUGAAACUUUACCUCCACUUAUUUAAGCAGCGACGGUCAAAGCUCAGCAAACACCAUGGGAAGAAGAAAAUGUGAAGGCUGGAGGUUUUUUUUUUUUUUUUUGUUUGAACAUUAUUCAUUAUAGUUGUUAAUCUUAGACUAUGGUAUCUCUUCUAUAUUCCAUGGCAUAUGGGCAUAAAGAUGGACCCAGCAAAAUUAUUUUUUGUGUGUUUGCUACUCCCUUAUCUUAUUCUUUUUUUCUAAAAAAAAAAAAUACAGUAAGUCCUCAACC